AUGUCAGUUCACGAUAUCCUUGCUCAGACCCCAGCUGGGCCAAAGCGGCCACAAGAGAAACAGCAAAAUAUGAUCAAAGGUUACCCCCAUGUCGGCCAUAUGCUAUGGAUUGUGGGGGCUGCAUUAGCGCUAGAUUUGCUUUUCGCGGCGAUCGUGUGCAAAUUGACCAUUCAGCAGCACCCGGACGGCAUGUAUUCAUUCUUCAGCUUCGCCAUGCCGUAUGAAUGGAAUCCAUAUGUCAUCCCUCUGCAUUGCGCCGAACUGGUGCUCAACGUUUCCCGCGACGAGGAAGUCUGGCGAAGGGCAUAUAUUGCCACGGGCAAAGGCGCAAAAAUCAACACCAGUCAUUUCGGCCUUGAGUAA